AUGCAUAUUGCAGAAUGGGCUUUGCAUGACCAAGCUGUGUCACGGUGCUGCAGCGCUGGACUCCGAGCUGCCUCUAGCUGUCAGCACUGCGGCCUGCAAGUUUCCCAGCCCAGCCGGCACCAUAAGCAUUGCACAGUACUGUACCAGGCUUCGCUAGCAUCGUUGAUACUGGCCCAGGCCUCGCAGAAUGGACAACGAGAAGGAGGAGGCAGCCCGAGCCAUUCAGGCUCGCGAGGAGAUGCGGCAGGUACUAGGGGCUAUUCCCCCGCCGAGCCUGAGCACCACUCCGGGACCAAGCGAGGGAGGCCUGGAGGACGACCAGGCCCCCACGCCGGAAGCUCGACAGCCCAAACGGCAGAAGCCAGCUUCCAAGAAUGGCAAAGGCGGCUCACAGGGUGGCUGGUACCAAGGCAGCUGGGGCCAGAAGCGCCAGUGGGAGCCAACGGCCACGGCAGGUCAGGAGCAGCAGAUGGUGCUGGACCAAGCCACUCAGGAUGUGAUGCGGAGCAUGGUGAAGGUGGUGCUACGGCACGAGGCAGAGAUCCAGAGGAUCAAAACCGAUGUCGGCUACAUGGUCUUCAUCGAUACUUCGGGGUUGGGCAUCCUUCCCCUGCUUCGAUCCAUGGCCGAGAACUGGUCCCAGAAGUUCGCCCAGGGCACGGUCACGACACCAUUGCGGCACGUCCUCUUUCUCUGCAUGCUGGAGACCCUGAAGACGAAGGCCGAGGAGGUGUUGCAAGACGAGGAUCGCCUUCAGCGUUGCAUGAACGUGGAGUGGACGGUUCAGGGAGCCACGGCGCUCAACCCGGCCUGGGUGUAUCACACCUGGGACUCUGCGGCAAAAUGCCAGAUCAAGGCGGACACCCCUCCUCUGCCACACUCCGAGGCAAUGAAGAUGAUCGACCUGCUGCUCCAGCACUCCCCGAGGGAAGGUGUCCUCAAGAACUUCAAGACCCCUCGCAAGAUGUCGCCGAAGGAUCAGUACAAGGCGGAGGUCCUCCCUUUCAUGGCCUCAAUCGGGCUCCGGGCGAGUCAUGCAAGAUCUGCUUCGAUGCCCUUCGUGUCCUGAGCGGUCUGGCCAUCACGAAGCUGAUCGGAGUUCGCAUCCGCCCGGAGCGGGGUCAGGAGUCGCAGCUGAUCAAGCAGUUGAAGGAGUCCUACAUGGGGACCUCCUACUGCGACUGGGGAGCUCAGGACAGCCCCUGGAAGAACAGCUCACGCCUUGCCAAUCCUUAUCAGUUGCAUGACUCAGGUGACUGUGGUGCCCCUCUGCUCCUGAACCUCUCUGGAGGUGAUCUGGUGGCCAUCCCUGUUUUCACUGAAGCCACAGACCUCUGCACGAGAUUAGUGCCUAGCAACUCCAGUGCCAUGAAUGUUGCUUUGUAUGCGCUUCCGGAUCACAUGCAACUUGUUGCACUGGAGGAGUCGCUGUUGCUUAAGGCUCUCCGCAACGGUGCGGAUGAUGCUUCAGCCAUCCGACCAUGUUUUACCCUGUUUGCCCGCAACGAGCUCGUCUAUGUAGCCAUGCAGAUGUUGUCAGGGGAUUCGUUACGGCACUUUCUGGAGUACGCUGAUAUGCUGGCGCGCUCCAAUAUCAUGGAAGUGUUAGUCAAUGUCCCGGAACCAGACGAUGAGCCUGACCCCCGCUCAAGUCGAGCUGAAGUUCUAGCUUAUCACUACUUGCAAGAGGGCCGCUGUGCUCUGUGGACUGCUGUUCGAUCUGUUGCUCGAGACCUGCCUUUUGAUGAGGACCCUCGCAGUUUUACGAAUGGACAAACUCUGCGAUUGGGCUUGUACAAUAAAGGAGGCCUGACAGGUCUUUCAGGGGCCACGAAGCUGCAUCGCUCCACAUGCCGCCUGCUCAACUUCAUUCUUUACACCUGUAGCCGCAGUGCGAUGGGGAAAGCGCGCGCAUUGCUCAAAGACAUUGCUAUCUGUUCAGCGAUGGCAUCCAUGGGCGCCGAUGCAGCAGCUUCUGCUGGGGCGCAGGCUGCUGGCUCGACUUUUAGUGAUGCGGCUGGACUGAGAAUACAGCUCAGCUUGGAAGGCGCACUAGGUUGUGACCGAGCUGCUGGUUCCGGGCAUACACACUGCUGUUCCUUGUGUGCUGAUACUGGGGGCGAUCAGCAUAUGCUAGCUUGCACGAUGCGCCAGCAACAUGUGCGUAUGACUGGUCCUGGUGGCAGCCGUGGUGGUGAUCAGGCUCCAGCAGACCCAGCAGGGGUCCGAUCGGAGCCUUCACCAAUGGAAGUGGACUCGUCCAGUGAAGAGGCAGACUUCGAGAUCAUUCGAGAGGAUCCGCACACGCACAGCCCUGACAUGGCUGGUGGUAUUGGUGGAGCGACUGCCGAUGCCAACACUGUGUUGGAGUCCACAGCGAAUCCUCCUCCCGCUGGGCUUGACUUACAUUCGAUGGACUGA